UGGCUCGGCUCCCUCGCUGCUCUGGCAGGAACGCGAAGCCGGUCGUGUCCUGUUCCGAAGCCAUGAACGGUGGCUUGUGCCUGUGCGUGCUGAUGGCUGUCCUGGCGGCGGGCGCCCUGGCGCAGCCCGUGCCUCCCGCGGACCCCGCGGGCCCCUGGGCGCAGCAGGAGGACGAAGCCCCGCGGAGGCAGCUGAGGGCCGUGCGGAGAGUGGACGACGAAUCCCGAGCGCACCUGGGCGCGCUGCUGGCCAGGUACAUCCAGCAGUCUCGGAAAGCUCCUUCUGGCCGAAUGUCUGUAAUCAAGAACCUGCAGAGCCUGGACCCCAGCCACAGGAUAAGUGACCGGGACUACACUGGCUGGAUGGAUUUCGGCCGGCGCAGUGCCGAGGAGUAUGAAUACACCUCCUAGAAGACCCAGCCUUCAUCAGCACAACAGGAAGCAAACUCCUGACUCAGAAGAGGCAGAAUAAGAAAACAAUCACGCUCAUAACUCGUUGUCUCUGACGUCUGACAUUUAAAGUAUCUAUUUAUUAAGUGUUCAAUGUGAAAAAUCUGUCUGUAACGUUGUCCAAUGUAACCAUGCACCUUAGCACAAAUGUACAAGUGGAAGACAAAAUGUUUCCCUCAUCUGUGACCCACACUCCC